AUGGACCGUGUUGCAUCUGAACCAGCAACCGCCGCAAAUGCACGUGCAAAGAGUUUGCAAUGGUGCCCUCCUGGGUCUCGUGAGCAGGAUGUGCGUGCAGCUGGGCCGGGUAUAAAGCUGGGUUUAACAGCUGGAGAUGCAAGUCCCAGCAAACUGGGCAGAGAUAACCAAGUGAGGAUCAUGGAGAACACAGUAGCCAACGCAGAAAAAUACUUUGGCCAGUUCUGCACGCUGAUGGCCUCCUAUGUCCGGAAGACUGCUAAGCUCCGGGACAAGUCAGACCUCCUGGUCAAACAGCUCCUCGACUAUGCCAACACGGAGAACCCAGAGCUGAGAAGCACCAUGAAAAACUUUGCGGAGGAAUUAGCCAAAGUGCAGGAUUACCGGCAGGCUGAGGUAGAGAGGCUGGAAACGAAGGUCGUCGAGCCGCUGAAGCUGUACGGAGUCCGGCUCAAGCAGACACGGGCGGAAAUCAAGCGGUUCAACAGCGUCCGCAACAAUGAGAUAAAGCAGCUGGAGAAGCUGGAGAGGCUGCGGCAGAAGUCGCCGUCAGACCGGCACACCAUCUCCCAGGCCGAGUCCAGCGUGCACAAAGCCUCGGUCGAUGCCAGCCGCACCACCCAGCAGCUGGAGGAAACCAUCGAUGAGUUCCAGAAGCAGAAGCUGAGAGACAUCCAGAAGAUUUUCUCGGACUUUGUUACCAUUGAGAUGGUUUUCCACGCCAAGGCUCUUGAGGUCUUUUCCAGUGCCUUCCAGACCCUGGAGGACUAUGACUUGGAGAAGGACCUGGAGGAUUUUAGAGCUAAGAUCCACAUCGCUUCUGGCAAUUACAACGCGAGGCCAGGCAGUGCUCUGAAUCCCUCCCCCACCCUGCCGUGGUCCACAGGCAGUCAGACCGUUCAGAGCACCUUACAGAAGAUGGUUUUGAGUGAAGAAGACCCCGAAGAAAACACGCUGCAGGAUCUCAGCGAUACAGAAUAUGCACCGAUUCGACGGUAA